AUGUCUGACCUCGCGAGCCGUAUUACGAAGCCUGAUGAGCCGGCAAAGAAGGUUGAUUGGGCUGAAUCCGUCGAGGCAGACGAGAACAAGCAGCAGGCGGAAGCUGAAGCUGCUGCUGGUGCUGCUGAGGCCCAGGUUGACGGUGCUGUUGAAGAGCUCGGUGGCUCUGGUCUGCAAGAGCCCGAAUGGGAUGUCGAAGUCUCUCUCAGCGAACUCCAGGCCAACGAAGCAACUCCUUUCCACUCUGCUACACAAUGGCAAGAUAUGGGACUAUCGGAGGACCUCCUCAAGGGUCUCUUGGCCCUCAAGUUUCUGAAACCCUCGAAAGUCCAAGGAAAAUCUCUUCCUCUGAUGCUUAGCGAUCCUCCGAGAAAUAUGAUGGCCCAAUCCCAAUCUGGUACUGGAAAGACGGCGGCGUUUGUUACUGCCAUUCUAUCGCGUGUCGACUUUACCAAGCCGGAUCAGCCUCAAGCUCUUGCCUUGGCCCCCAGUCGAGAACUUGCUCGUCAGAUUGAAGGUGUUGUAAACGCUAUUGGUCGCUUUAUUGAACCUCUCAAGGUUGCUGCCGCGAUUCCUGGUGCUCUGCCUCGCGACCAGCCGGUUCGAUCUGCCGUUAUUGUUGGUACCCCUGGUACUGUCCAGGACGUCAUCAAACGAAGACAGUUGGAUGUCUCUCAACUGAAGGUUCUCGUCCUGGACGAAGCCGACAACAUGUUGGAUCAGCAAGGAAUGGGUGACCAGUGCCUGAGAGUAAAGAACAUGCUACCGAAGUCUGUGCAAAUCCUUCUCUUCUCAGCCACUUUCCCCGACAAAGUCGGUUCAUAUGCCACGAAAUUUGCGCCAAAUGCCCAUUCUCUCAAGCUGCAGCGAAGCGAGCUUACCGUCAAGGGCAUCUCACAAAUGUUCAUUGACUGCGCGGACGACAACAUCAAGUACGACGUUCUUUGCAAGCUCUACGGUCUCAUGACUAUUGGACAGUCGGUCAUCUUUGUCAAGACCCGUGAAAGCGCCAACGAGAUCCAGAGACGCAUGGUGGCUGAUGGACACAAAGUAUCUGCUCUGCACGCUGCGUUUGAUGGUAACGAGAGAGACGAGCUGCUGAGCAAAUUCCGACAAGGUGAGAACAAGGUUCUCAUCACUACCAAUGUCCUCGCUCGUGGCAUCGACGUGUCAACCGUGUCCAUGGUCAUCAACUACGAUAUUCCUAUGAAAGGCCGAGGCGAUAGUGAGCCCGACGCCGAGACUUAUCUCCACCGUAUCGGUCGAACUGGACGUUUUGGACGUGUUGGUGUCAGUAUCAGCUUCGUCUACGACAAGAAGAGCUACGAUGCCCUCCUUGGCAUUGCCAACACAUACGGCAUUGAUCUCGUGCGCCUUGAUACCGAUGACUGGGAUGAGGCGGAAGAGCGAGUCAAGGAAGUCAUCAAGAAGAACAGAGCUCAGGCUGCUUAUGCCCCGAGCGCUACGGACAACGCCAAGGCAUCCUAG